AUGAAAAUACGUUGCGAGGAUAGUGUGUUCGAUGUUCAUCGUGCGGUGGUGUGUAUGCGAUCACCAGUGAUUGCUCGAGCUAUGGAUGAUGAUCGCUGGGAAGAAGCUGCAAAGGGAGAAUAUCACAUGAGAGAAGAUGAGCUGCCAAUUGUGGAGGCGAUGAUUUAUUAUUUGUAUCAUGGGACCUAUGAUGAUCAAAAGGCUUCGGAGCCCGAAAUUCCUGAUGAUGCUUCGCAGCUUGGGAUUGAACAUGAAAUUGCUGAAUUGCCGCCCAAUUCACCUUCACCUUCACCUCCACCUUCACCAGAACCAGAUAUCGACGAAUGGGGCGAAGUGAUUCAACGCCCAGAGACACCACCAGGUGAUAGCAUUCACGACGACAAUCCAAUCUCCGCUCCAUCAACGUUACUCUUCAACGCCAAGGUCUACAUCAUCGCCGAUAAAUACAUGAUCCCGGGUCUCAAACCUUUAGCAAAUCAGAAGUUUGUCAGAAGUGCAGAAAAGAAUUGGAAUACUCCCGAGUUUCCUGCUGCUGUAGAGUUGCUUUGGGAAAAUAUUCCUGAGUCUGAUUUGCUGCUUAGAGAUUCGGUGAUAGCGGCUACUGCGCCGCAUCUUGACCCAUUACUCGAUAGGGGAGAAUUCGUGGAAUUUAUGACCACGCAUGGUGAUUUUGCAGUCGGGGUCAUGAAGAGAAGAAGAGACAAUUUGCUUAUAGCUACAUCGAAAUCUGACCAGGACAAUUUCGGUUGGGGUCGUGGAUAA